AUGAAGGACAACAUACUGACUGACCAGGGUAUACAAACUCAUAGAAUUAAAGAGUAUUUAAAUGAUAAUGACUUUACAAAUAAAACAAUCCCAUCGGUCGAGGAUAUGAGUAGGCCCACAACUGGAUGCGAGACGUCCUUACCCUUCAUUAAGCACCGGUCAAGCAGUCUAUGCACCCCUGCGGACACCCGCUUUUAUAACCCAAUCAGCGUAUUGGUCAAAGGCGAGCACCUGGACCUCCAACUCGUUAAACAUUGGUUCCGACAGUUAGUAUCGGCAGUGGAGUACUUGCACGGCAUCGGUAUCGCGCACCGGGACCUCAAAUCCGAUAACAUAAUCAUCAGAAACAACUCCAUGAGUGACUGA